CUGUGUGUCCAUGUUUAGUGUCGAGGUGUGGAGUGGAGCUUGUUGCUGGUGUGUGUGUUUGAAGAAACUGUGAAGGUAGAAAGUGCGUGUGAGUUGAUGUGAAUUGAGCGGCAUGGAUCAGUGUGAGGACAGAGAGGAGGGAGUCCCUCCCUCUAAAAGCACUCUGUGUGGGGAACAUGAGAGCCAGACCAAAGCUCAGAGGAACCCACCUGGACCUCUAUCCACCCCAGUGUCCUUAAAGAGUGACUGGUCUAAAGAUGAAAUCAUUGAAUUUAAAGUGGAGCAGGUAUCUGCUGCAGAGAGAGUGGACCAGGAGAGCUCAGAGGGUCCCAGCGGUCAGUCUGCCCAUCAGCAUCAAACACACCUGGACUCCAUAUUUAUGGUGCUGGAGGACAACAUCAUCACUUUUGUGAAGAACGAGCUGAAGAAAAUCCAGAAGGUUCUGAGCCCAGAUUACACAGAAUGCUUAGAGAAUCAAAUUGUGAAUGAGGUUUUGGAGGGGGAAGAUGAAGAGCAGAGGAGAAGAACAGAGGUAUUUGUGAAGAUGACAUUGCACUUCUUGAGGAGAAUGAAGCAGGAGGAGCUGGCUGACCGUCUGCAGAGCAAACAUCUUGCAGCAAUUUGCAAAUGUAAAAUUAAAACAAAGCUGAAGAAAAAGUUCCAGUGUGUGUUUGAGGGGAUUUCUAAAGCAGGAAACCCAACCCUUCUGAAUCAGAUCUACACAGAGCUCUACAUCACAGAGGGAGGGACUGCAGAGGUCAAUGAUGAACAUGAGGUCAGACAGAUUGAAACAGCAUCCAGGAAACAAGACAGACCAGAAACAACAAUCAGACAAGAAGACAUCUUUAGAGCCUCACCUGGAAGAGAUGAACCAAUCAGAACAGUCCUGACAAAGGGAGUGGCUGGCAUUGGGAAAACAGUCUUAACACAGAAAUACACCCUGGACUGGGCUGAAGACAAAGCCAACCAGGACAUCCAGUUCAUAUUUCCAUUCACUUUCAGAGAGCUGAAUGUGCUGAAAGAGGAAAAGUUCAGCUUGGUGGAACUUGUUCAUCGCUUCUUUACUGAAACCAAAGAAGCAGGAAUCUGCAGCUUUGAAGACUUCCAGGUUGUGUUCAUCUUUGAUGGUCUGGAUGAGUGUCGACUUCCUCUGGACUUCCACAAAACUACAAUCCUGACUGACCCUAGAAAGUCCACCUCAGUGGAUGUGCUGCUGAUAAACCUCAUCAGGGGAAAACUGCUUCCCUCUGCUCGCGUCUGGAUAACCACGCGACCUGCAGCAGCCAAUCAGAUCCCUUGUGACUGUGUUGGCAUGGUGACAGAGGUCAGAGGGUUCACUGAUCCACAGAAGGAGGAGUACUUCAGGAAGAGAUUCAGAGAUGAGGAGCAAGCAAACAUGAUCACCUCCCAUGUCAAAACAUCACAAAGCCUCCACAUCAUGUGCCACAUCCCAGUCUUCUGCUGGAUCACUGCUACAGUUCUGGAGGAUGUGCUGAAAACCAGAGAGGGAGGACAGCUGCCCAAGACCCUGACUGAGAUGUACAUCCACUUCCUGGUUGUUCAGGCCAAAGUGAAGAAGGUCAAAUACGAUGGAGGAGCUGAGACAGAUCCACACUGGAGUCCAGAGAGCAGGAAGAUGAUUGAGUCUCUGGGAAAACUUGCUUUUGAUCAGCUGCAGAAAGGAAACCUGAUCUUCUAUGAAUCAGACCUGACAGAGUGUGACAUCGAUAUCAGAGCAGCCUCAGUGUACUCAGGAGUGUUCACACAGAUCUUUAAAGAGGAGAGAGGACUGUACCAGGACAUGGUGUUCUGCUUCAUCCAUCUGAGUGUUCAGGAGUUUCUGGCUGCUCUUCAUGUCCAUCUGACCUUCGUCAACUCGGGAGUCAAUCUGCUGGAAGAACAACAAACAACCUCCCAGAAGUUAAUUUUUUUUAAAAAGAAGAGUAAUUUAAAAUUUCUCCACCAGAGUGCUGUGGAAAAGGCGUUACAGAGUCCAAAUGGACACCUGGACUUGUUCCUCCGCUUCCUCCUGGGUUCCUCACUGCAGACCAAUCAGACUCUCCUGCGAGGUCUGCUGACACAGACAGGAAGUUGUUUAUACACCAGUCAGGAAACAGCCCAGUACAUCAAGGAGAAGCUCAGUGAGAAUCUGUCUGCAGAGAAAAGCAUCAAUCUGUUCCACUGUCUGAAUGAACUGAAUGAUCUUUCUCUAGUGGAGGAGAUCCAACAGUCCCUGAGAAAAGGAAGUCUCUCUACAGGUAAACUGUCUCCUGCUCAGUGGUCAGCUCUGGUCUUCAUCUUACUGUCAUCAGAAAAAGACCUGGAUGUGUUUGACCUGAAGAAAUACUCUGCUUCAGAGGAGGCUCUUCUGAGGCUGCUGCCAGUGGUCAAAGCCUCCAACAAAGCUCUACUGAGUGGCUGUAACCUCUCAGACAACAGUUGUGAAGUUCUGUUUUCAGUUCUCAACUCCCAGGCCUCUAGUCUGAGAGAGCUGGACCUGAGUAACAAUGACCUCCACGAUUCAGGAGUUAAGCUUCUAUCUGUUGGAGUGAAGUUUCCACAAUGUAAACUGAAAAUGCUCAGACUGAGUCACUGUAACCUCUUAGAGAGUUCCUGUGAAGUUCUGUCCUCGGUUCUCAGCUUCCAGUCCUCUAGUCUGACAGACCUGGACCUGAGUAACAACAACCUGAAGGAUUCAGGCUUGAAGCUUCUAUCUGUAGGAGUUGAGAGUCCAAACUGUAAACUUGAAACUCUCAGUCUGUCAGGCUGUCUGAUCACAGAAGAAGGCUGUACAUCUCUGGAAUCAUCUCUGAGCUUCAACCCCUCCCAUCUGAGAGAGCUUGACCUGAGCUAUAAUCAUCCAGGAGACUCAGGAAUUAGGCUGCUGUCAGCUGGACAGAAGGAUUCAACCUGGAAACUGGAAACUCUCAGGUUGGUGCCUGCUGGAUUCCAGUGGUUGACACCAGGUCUCAGGAAGUAUUCCUGUCAACUCACAAUUGACACAAACACAGUUCACAGAAAGCUCAAACUGUCUGACAACAACAGGAAGGUGACACAUGUGGAGGAGGUUCAGUCAUAUCCUGAUCAUCCAGACAGAUUUGAUGUUCGUCCUCAGCUGCUGUGUGCAAAUGGUCUGACUGGUCGCUGCUACUGGGAGGUUGAGUGGAGAGGAGAUGUUGACAUUUCAGUGAGUUACAGAAGAAUCAGAAGGAAAGGAGACAGUGAUGACUGUUCGUUUGGAUGGAAUGAUGACUCCUGGAGUCUGAGCUGCUCUGAGGAUGGUUAUUCUGUCUGUCACAAUAACAGAGAGACAUCCUCCCCCUCCUCCUCCUCCUCUUCCUCCUCUGUCUCUAACAGAGUAGCAAUGUAUGUGGACUGUCCUGCUGGCACUCUGUCCUUCUACAGAGUCUACUCUGACACUCUGAUCCACAUCCACACCUUCAACACCACAUUCACUGAAGCUCUUUAUGCUGGGUUUAGAGUCUGGUUUCCUGGUUCCUCAGUGUGUUUUUGCAGAGAUUAAUCUAAAGAGUGUCCUAGAAUGUCUUUAUAGAGAAACACUCUGACUGUUGAACAGAUAGUUCAGUCUGUACAUGUCUGUCUCUUUCACUCAGAAACACGUUUUCAGAUUCAUGGAUUCAAUCAGUUGAUGUUUUAAACUGUUCUAAAUUAAUCCUUGUUAAUGUGUUCCUCUUCAGUCCUUAAAGAUGGAAGCUACCAUUAUUUCAGGAUCCACAUGUUGUUUUUUCUGUCUUUUUCCACUCAAAGCUAUUAUUAAAGACUUUCAGCAUCUCUCA